AUGUCGCCGCGCGAAAAAUUUCUGUAUAUUGUGCUGUUUUUCACAUAUUCAUGUAUUAACGGCAUUUUAAGACAGAAAAUAAUCAAAAAAGACAUUCCGCGCUGUGUCAUCUCUUUCGUGCCAUCUGUGCUCAAAUACUUAUGCGCCCUGGCGUAUGCCAACACCCGUGUUUAUUACGACAGGCGUGUGGUAUUCACCUCGUUUCCCAUAUUUGUUUCGUCUCUCAUCUACUUAAUAGCCUACAAAGGAGUGAGCGCCGUAACGAUGGCAAUAAACGCGCCCUCAAGAAUUUUGUUUACCUACGUUAUAACAAGGUUGCUGUACGACAAGGUGUAUGGAUGGGACAAGAUUGCUGGUAUGCUGACCAUAUCGAUGGGAAUAUUGAUUUCUAACAGCGAUCUAUCGGCUCAUGCGAGCGAUGAGAUGGUGUGUGUCCUUUUGUUCCUGUUUGGUAAUUUCUUAAAUGCUGUGGGGCUCAUAUACUUUGACAGACAAUUAAGACACCAUAUCGUACAUUUCUGGGACUACAUGUACACCUAUUCCUUCACUCUUCUCAUAUUUAACAUCCUCCUGUUUCCGAUUGAGCUUCUGUACUUGAAAGAGAAAAAUGUUUUUGUCUAUCUCAAUGAUAUCGGGUUGCAGAUAUCGUUUAUCACCCACACAAUCGAAAUGAUUGCAUACGCAUACAUCUCCAUAGAGCUAGACCCACUGCAACGCAAUUUCCUUUCCAUUGCCAUUAAAAUUACGACCACGGUUGUGAACACUCUGAUUUUCAAGGACGAGAGGAGAAUUGCCAAGUUUAUUUCAUGUUCAUUGACAUAUCUGGGCAUUCUGAUCUAUGAAAAUAAGGCAUUGAAAGGUGUUCUCGUUAAGAAAAGCCCUAAGAAAUAAAAACGCAUUUUGUGUAUAUAAGCGGUU